AUGCUGUGCCUCUUUGCCGCAAUGACCGAAGCGUUGACGGUGUCUCCAGUAGCGGACAAAUUCGACAUUUUCGGUCUUUCGGCACAAGAAGCUCGUGAGAGACUGCGUCAGAACAAGAAGAACAUCCAUCGCGGCUUCGACAUGUCGCUAGAGGAGAAGUACAGGCUUGUAAGCAACAUGUGA